CUGUAAGUAAGCAGCGCAUUCAUAUCACCUGCAAUUGCCUCAUCCCGGCUCGUUUUCUUGACUCCACCUCGCCCUCUGAUGCUACAGCUUCAUAUUUCUCUAAAAUGGCUCUGUUAUGAUCGGACUAUACCAUGUCUGACCCUGGCGAGAGCUCAACUCCUCGCCGCUCACACAGAACUGGCGUGGACCCCUCGGAGUCAGCCACCUACAACAGCGGUUAUGAGCAUCAUCGGUCCAAGAAAGCCGAGCACCCUUCUGGACGAUCUGUGUUGACGCCAGUUUAUAUUCCAUCCGAAAAGCCUUCAGUGGAUAUUAUUUUUGUGCACGGUCUGAACAGCACCGCCCUCAAGACUUGGACUAGCGAAUCUCUCUGCUUCUGGCCAGUGGAUCUUUUACCAAAGACCCUGGCAGUUUUCCCGGUCUUUCCCAGGAUCCUUACUUAUAGCUAUGACGCGAGCAAGGGCGACGAUAUUCUAAGUCAUGCCCAGGAGCUGGCAGAGACUGUAGCGAGCGACAGAAAAAUCGGAAAUUGUCUCGACCGGCCGAUCAUCUUCGUCUGUCACGCGCUAGGCGGAAUGGUCGUCAAACAAGCUCUUGUUCACAGCUAUAGACUGACGACCAGCAAAUACAUCCAAUCUAAUUACGUGUCGACUGCUGGUGUCAUUUUUCUCGGGACACCGAACACUCCAGCCGAUGUUACCAGAUGGGACUCGACGCUGCAUGGCAUCACUUCUGCUGUACUUCCUGCCGAGUCUAUGCAGAAGUUCUCGCGAUCUUCGCAACUGACCGACUCGCUGGCUACCAGCGGUGCCUUAUUGGUACAAAUAAAUCGUGAUUUCAAGGAGAUAUCGUCUCAUAUUCAUGGCUCUGUUUUCGCCGAGGCUAAUCAAGCCAGACCGAGUAUGAGAACAAAUUUACAAGGGCUUUCCCAGUCACCCAAUUCCACGAAUGAGGGGAAGCAGGGGCGCAAAGAACGGUCUCGGCUGGAUGGUUCUUUCCAAAAAUUGGGAAUCAGUUUGAAUGAUAAGAGUUCACAAACUCUGGAAGGUGAUGACGAUACAACCGACACAUUGUUCGACGGCGAGCAAACUGUCCUUGUGUCUAGAAAUGUUAGAGGCGGUGGUCCGAAUGUCGUCGAUAGCAAAUCAGCAGCACAAAAUCUGCCUGAUGUAACUAAGGUGUGGAUCCAAGCAGAUCUUGGCCAUCUUUGCAAGUUUGACAAUGCAAAUUCUCCAGGCUAUGAAGCUGUGGCGGGUACCAUCUGUCAAUACUCCGAACGAGCAUCCAAGAUAACCCAGGAUCGCUGGGUUGACGAGGGAAGAAUUCAUGCUCUUGGGGUACUUAAAGGAAAAUUCUACAGGGCUCUCGAGACUCAUCACGCUAUAGGCUCUGUGUUUUCAAAGAGCCCUAGCUCUCAGUACCGCCUAGCAAAAAUUGGCCAGGGGAGUGACAGGCAGCCUUUUAUCUCGCCCCCAGGGUUCCGCCCCAAUGAAAUUUUUGUCGGCAUGCAGAUAGAGUUAGAAUUCCUACAUCGUCACUUGUUCGAGUCCAAGGUUCAGGGUUAUGGCAACAGCUCUGUUCUGAUUACCGGUGUUCGAGGAUCCGGCAAGACACAGCUGGCGCGGGAAUACGUCUUCUCAUCUCGCAAAUUUUACCCCCAUGGAAUAUUCUGGAUCAAUGCUAGCUCUUAUCAAUCAACGUGGAAGGGCUUGACAGAGAUUGGUAAAGCAGUUGAGCUACCACAUGACACUAACUACGAAAUCAAACGUUUCAAUGACUCUGGGGAUCAGGGGCUACAAUAUGCGCUCGACGUCCUCGCGUUGAUCACGAAGCUGGAAGAUUGUCUUUUAGUUUUCGAUGGGAUGAAACUUGACGACGGAGACGACAUAAUGAAGUUCAGACGCCUUAUACCGAGAAGGCCAAAGGGCAGUGUUCUCUACACGUCGAUUGACGACGAGAUACUUGGACCACUCCUUCCCAAAUCACAUCACUUAUCGAUCCCUCGACUACAGGUUGAAGAUGCUUGCAAGCUUCUGUAUAAGACUCUCGGGAUAGGCACUCCAACAAAGAAGCAAAUCCUUGGAGCAUCGACCCUUGUGGAACGCUACGAGUGUUUACCAUUGGCUAUUCACGCACUAGGCCACCGUCUCAAAGCAGAGGACAAAUCAAUCGAGGAAAUCACUAUGAAUGAACCCACGAAGGUUUUCCCGACGGUCAUAUCGGAAAUAUAUCGCUUGCAGAGACGUCAAGCUAUGAAUCUGCUUCAUCUGCUGUCAUUUUUAAACAAUAGCAUUCCAGUGCGUCUGAUUGAGUUUGGAUGCGACGCAAUGACAGAAGCCAUUUCUGCUGAUAUCUUGAUGAGCCCUCGACCUGGGGCGGUCCCUGAUCUUGAAACCACAAUAGAAACUUUGAUGCGGUAUGGGUUGAUUGAGCGAGAGAAUGGUACCGAAACCCACGUGUCUCGGUCCCCGGCAGUUUCACCAGCAGAAAUUGGUUCGGGAAUCAGUUACCCGAACGGCCUCCUCUCCGUUGAACGGGAAAUCACAAAGCUUAAUAUCUCUGCCCUUGUGCAGUCUUUCUGCAGGGACGAGGUGCGACGGAAAGAUGCCGAGUCUUCGUGGGAGCUAGAGCUACAGCUAAAGAGAAGCAACGGACAAGGCCAAGCUGGAUUCUAUGAUACAUGGCUGAUUCUUGCGAGUCGCUUCCUCAGAAAGUCCUUCCAUACCGCCCAGGAAACUGCGGACAGGCUUCGAUGUCCUCUUGAUAUGCGUGAUUAUAAGGAGUAUGCAGCUCAUGUCGCUCGAUUGACCGAGCAGUUUGAAGAAAACAACCAAAACGGACUUACGCCUCUGCCUUGGUACAUGAAAGAUGCCCAACAGAGCUUGGAAACUUUGCGCGGUAGUAUAGUUGAAUCCCAGAUAUUCUCCGAAGGCUUACCUCGACAUUCUGCCGCCAGCCAAAGGUCUAUAUUUGCAAGGGACCCCGCAUUAAUCUCGGAAGACGCCAGAUCAGUGGACCGAUUAGAUGCCAUUGACUUUUUGAUGACCGAAAGCUCCAUUAUUGAGCAUGAUUUCGAUGCUACAGUAGGGUCGGAGUCUCAUUAUGUGUCUGAUCGAGUAUUUUCUGCGGGUCCGCAUUCUACUCUGGAUACUCAAACGGCUCCAACAGCUCCCACGGCUCCAACGUCUUCGGUUUCAGAGGCGGACGAUCUACGGACAGUAUAUUCCGAUACUCUGUCCAUGGAUGGCUCAACCAAGGAGGCUUAUAUCCACGAGCUCGCCCAUGAACUUUUCAACAAUGUUUCUACUUUCCAACUAGAUUCCACAUCUAUGAGGCGUAUCGCGGAUAACCUGCCAGGAUGUCUGAAAGCUUUCUCAUUGAGACUUGGGUCUAGUGUCUCGACCCAACAACAGAUCCAUCGAGACGUGACUGUGUUCAUUCACAAAUAUAGACAUGACAUAGCCAAUGCAUUCAACCAUUCACUGGAGGAUCCAUCCACGGACACAGAGUCCACAGCAGAUGAAGAUAUGCCACUCGGCGAGAAAAUGAAACUCUGGUUGAGCCAUGAUGUGGACACCACUGGGGAAUCACCUUUGGGGUCUGAAGAAGAUCUCCUUACGCUUCUGCUUCCGAUCAUCGAGACGGGCGAAGAGUCCAAUUCUGAUGCUUAUCCUGUCAUGCCGGGAUUACAGAAAUACCGCGAAUGUAUCCUCGAAAACCCGGCCUAUGACUGGCUCCUUGGUGAUAUCCAGAGACACUGUCUUCUCGAGCCAUCAUGUCCAGAUACAAGGGCAGAGAUUAAUAGUGCGAUCGUGCAAGGUCUUCCCUCGCAGCUUCAUUUCAGCAGACGAGAAUCAGUACCUUCGUAUAAAGUGACAUAUUCUUUGGACUGGGACCUGUUUGCCUUUCUAGAGAACCAGGAAUACAACGAGAGCAAUGCUAAAGCACUUCCUUUAGUCAUCACACUCACAGGCUCUCGUGAAGCAGCCCAGGCGCUGACUUGCUCCGAAUAUCUGCAUCAGACAUGGCCAUUAUCUGCGGGAGAGAUGGUCAAGCUACUGCAAGAUUUGCUAGAGAAGGGACCAAAGACCAAGGCCACGGGCAAGCUGCCGGACGGCACAAAUCUUGUCGCUUGGUUCGAUGCCUGUGAGGCUUCGAAAAAUGUGAAGCUCAAGGUUGAAGUGAGGGGCUCUGCCUAUUCAAUCGCUGAGAUAGGAGAGCAGCUAUCAUGGCUAGGAUCAACUCUUCGCUCUUCACCCCAACCUGACCAAGUCGUAUAUUGUCAUCCUCAAGUUGGGAAGCUAAGGGCAGUUCAUGAUGAGGAUCCGGACGGCAAGAAGCAACAAGGCACCGACUUCUGCGCAGAUAUUUCCUUUUCAAUCAAGAUGGAGACACUUGCAGCCUCCAAGAUUAACGGCGAGUGCUGGCACGAUCUCUUUCGGAACGGUGUGGUCGUCGAGGGCUUCCCAUUAUCCCGACGACCUGAAGCAGGUGCGACGAAAGGCCUUGACAUCCCCCUUCCAAUGAUGGCUCGCCUUGCUCAAGCAAGUUAUGUAAACACUUUCUUAGGCAGUCCGAUUAUCAAAGGAUUUUCGUCAAUGCUUAUUCCCACUGAGGACCACGAAGAGCUGGUUGUGUGGCAUUUGGUGCAUAAUAAGAACGGCGAUCGAAUAUCAUAUCUCGACAGCAAUGUGCUUCCCGUAAAGGGAAUAUCAGCCUUGAAGCUAUCACAGGCACGCCACAUUCUGGGGUGGUGCUCAAAUGCUAGACAUCUUGCAGGUACGCGGAAUGCAGCAUAUGACAUAUCAGGCUCCCACCUUCCAAGACUACGUGACGACGGACUUCUCAGCCAAGCAUUCAUUUAUAAUGGACAGAUGAUUAAAGGCGGCACACCCUUCUUGGUGGGAUAUAAAGAUACAUCUAUUCAUGUGUCGAGAGGUGGUUAUCUACGAAAACUCAAAUGGAUCAUCCAAAAGUCCGUGGUCCUUUGGGACGAAGCGACAAAGCGAGGUUGGCUGCUAAAUGGAGCAAGCGCUCUCCUCCAUCUAGUGCGUGCCUCCAUACAGCAUGACACUACGGGACCCUUCAGUUCAGAGUGUCCCUUCAGGUGGGACGACUUGGAGGAGCCGGCAGCCGAAUCAAAAAGCACAUCUGAAUUUGCAAUUGCAAUUCUAUUAAGCCGCAGGAAUCGGGACCUGGCGAUAUUUGAGGGCAAAGACGACCACGUUAAGUUUGAAGAUCGAGUGGAGCACUUUCUGAACAUGUUCGAACAAAUCUUCGACUAUCAGGUCCACGCUGCCGGGCCAGAUGGCAGUGGAUACCGUUCGAAAGGUAUUCCCAGGGCACAUUUCGAGGGCUGGGACUUUCACGAUCUCGCUACUGAGAUAGAUUCGUUACACCCACGGCUAGCGACUUUCGCUCCCCAGGGAAAGGCAUGGGUUGAUUUCACACGCUCAAUACAUGCAAUCAAUCUUCUCGGUCGCGACUUUGGUGAAAUUCUUGCUCCGUCGGACAUUUCUUGUCCCCACUGGGCCUCGCUUCCCACGCAUGAGUACUAUCUGGCAGCCGGGGUUUCAGAUUUGAAGAUGGUCCUUGAGUAUACAGGUGAUCUGACGACAAAUCCCAUACGCCUAAGCGAGAAUCUCGUGUGGCACAAUCCAGACAUGGUCUUUGAGCCCUGCGGUUGUGCUGAUGCCACCGCGGAUCAUUCGGAUAUUGCACAAGUGAUACUGCCGAUCACGUUAUCAACUAAUACAGAGGGAUGCCUGGAAACUGUCAAUUUGGGACACGAUGGAGCGGUAGUUUUUGGAUAUAAUCGCAACUUCCAGUGGCGCUGGGGAGAUUCCGGAGACCCUGAGAGGAGCGAAAUCGUCAACAACGAAAGCAAUCAGCUUCCCCCGUUAAGUGAUACUGAAAACACGGCAAGCAACACGCCUUCAGGUGGGUCUGAAAGUGAUAGACUCGACCUGUCGAGCUCGCAAAUGCCUUCGACUUCAACCGAUAUCACCAUUGACAGUUUUGCCGUUGAGGAUGAACCUGUCCAUCCGAAGCCUCUGGUCCGAUCAUACACCAAGUGGCAAUUGGAUUCACUCAGACCCGAGGACUACGCUGUCGGCAUCGUGUGUGCACUGCCGUUAGAACUCCUGGCCGUUCGCGCUUUGUUCGAUCAAACCCACCCCGACCUCCCUCUGUCUAUCGCGGAUUCAAAUCACUACGCCCUGGGAACUAUGGGACGACACAAAGUUGUCGCGGCCUGUCUUCCAGAUGGAGAGUACGGCACAAACUCAGCCGCGGAUGUUGCAUCCAAUUUGCGAAGAAGUUUUCCAUCGGUGAAGUUUUGCCUCUUAGUAGGCAUCGGGGGUGGGGUUCCAUCUUCUAGGAACGACAUUCGGCUUGGCGACGUCGUCGUGAGCAAGCCGAUUGGCAUAAGUCCUGGAGUAAUCCAGUACGAUAUGGGCAAGGCUCUCGAGAACGGCGAGUUCGAGCAGAGUGGAUUUCUACAGCCACCGCCUCGACUGGUAAUGACUGCGCUCAGCAGUCUGAAAUCCGAUCCCCAUUUACCCCAAGCUCCGCUUCAGGAGUAUAUCCAAGAAAUCGCAGCUUGCAGAAGGGAAUAUCGACAUCCAGGAUCAGAAAAUGAUCGUCUAUUUUCCAGUCAUUACGCGCACAAUUCCAAGCACGCCACCUGUAGCCCUUGCAGUGCAAACCAUCUCACCAAACGGCCAAGUCGAUUGGAUCAUUACCCGCGAAUACACUAUGGUCUAAUCGCAUCAGGCAACCGAGUCAUGAAAGACGCAAAACUCCGUGACAGGUGGAGCAUGGAGAGGAACGUACUUUGCUUCGAGAUGGAAGCUGCAGGUAUCAUGAAUACUUUACCCUGUCUCGUCAUCAGGGGGAUAUGCGAUUACUCGGACAGCCAUAAGAACAAGCGGUUCCAAGAAUAUGCGGCGGCAACGGCUGCCUCGUAUGCCAAACUCUUGUUAUCUUACAUGAAAGACAGUAGUGACUUAGACGGGACUGCGUUCCGUUCAGCUAAAGAGGACCAGAGUCUGCUGGGUGUUUUUCGGAGGGCCUUGUCAUUUAUUGGAUGAGGUUUGGGAUGGCCGUCUGAUCUAGCAAAGGUUUAACACAGUCGCUUUGGACGUGGGACUGACAGCUUCACAAAAAGUACUUGUUAAUUCGGCUCAUUGGCAUUUCGCGAUCAUCUACCCAACCAUGGAGGUAUAUCCAUGUGAAUAUGCCCAGAAAGAAACAUGGAUCCGAUCGCGCCUCCCCUGUACUGCCGAAAAUGCAAAUAAGCUCGAUCUUUCGAAUAGACCAGCACCACGUACAAGGCGUUACUUCUGUAAAUCGGUUUGGCCUUGAGCAAACAUGAAAGAAAAGAGACGAAAAACUCCCAUAAACGCCGUGUUCGUCAUACCAGUCGUGUCAUACCCAGGUAUCAUGUGCGCGAAAAGGGAAAAUAAGAAAGGACAUAGAAAAGUGAACAGAUACCGCACAAGAUGAUAGGCACAGUUGAGACAGAACAGUGAGUCUUGGCAUGAGUGAUUUUAUGAGAAUCUUCACUCCUCGUCCCAAGCUUCCAAUUCGGCCUUUUCGUACUCGGCCAUUAUGGCGGGAUCGAAGAUCGUUUCGUUCUCAGACGGGAUAGUGGUCUUGAUAUCUUCAAAAAUCGGAAGGAAGGCCUCGUUCCAGCGCUUUCGUCGAUCCAUGACGAUCUUUGCAGCAUCGCCAACGGCGGGACGGGAAACACCGGCACCAGCAACGCCACCACCAGCACCGCCAGGACGGUGCUUAGCUUGUGAGCCCUUUUUGCUCUUUCCCAUGGUACGAGUUCGCUUGAGAUAAGCUUGCUGGACCUGGGAAUCCAGAUCAUCCUGGAUAGUGGUGAACUCGAGGAGAGCCAUGUGCUCCUGGGCGAUCUUUAGAAUGCGUGCCUUUCGGGCAUUAUUUGUGAUGAUCUGCUUCUUGAGCUCGCCUUGCAAGAGACGCAGGCGCUCUGCCACUUCAUCAUCGUAGUGUGCGUCAUAAUCGGGGUUGUCGUCCGCCCCGAGGAAUCCAAUGUAUCGCAGCUCUGCCUUGGCGCGCUCGUCAAGCUGGGCGUGGUCGAGUUUGGCAACAGAAGUCUUGAAACCAGUUGGUGAAGCGUCCCGGAAGGAAGUAGCCGCGGGAAGGGGCUUAUUCUCCGAGGAGGAUUUUGUCUCCAAAUUGCCAUUUGGUUGGUCCAGUUCCAUCGCGUCACCAUUGAGACCCUCGGCGGCAGGCAGAUCGCCAUUAGUGGAGCUAUUACUGUCCUCAGGAAGGGUGCGGUGCUCAUAGCGCAGAAGAGACACCAGGCGACUAAGCAGCGGUCCGAUCGAAACCUCGUUGGUCUCGGUCUUGUCGUCGGUCAACUGGUCAAUGUUGCCGCGACCUUGGUUUAAAGGCAGCUGGUCCUUGUCGUCCUGAUUGGGAUCGUACGAGACCCCAUCCUCCUCUGCCCAGAUUUGACGAUAAUUCUUCUUUCCACGGCGCGGGAUAAUGAAUGGAUUCGUGCGGUCGCCCUAGAAUUGUGUCAGUUGCACAGCCUCGAGAAAAAUCAAGUCCUUGGAGGCCUACCCUUUCCUUCAGCCACGCGAUGUCCUCCUCGGUGAGAGGUCGCACAUACGGCUCAAUCCAGGUGAGGAAAGUGUUGGCGCCGACCUGGUUUGACGGCUUUGCGUUGCUGAAAUCCUUGUCCGGAGGCACACCGGCCAUCAUAUGAGCUAGGUCGCUCUUGGGAAAACUCGCAACGCUGUAAAUCUCCUUCUUCUCAUCAUCCCCCAUGUCCGGUGUGACGUCGCGGAUGUGGUAGACAGUUGGAUCAUCGAACUUGAGCGGAUUGUCGCCAAAUACCUGGAUUUGAGGUACAGCUGGCUGAGGUUCGGGCUGGUGAGAGUCCUCGCUGGACUCCGAGUCGGGGGAGCCAGGCGCAGCUGCGCCGUCGGCCCCGACAGCUGCUCCAUUCGGAGACAGCAUGGAGGGAGGCGAGAGCGAGGAACUACCGUCGGAAGCUGCGUUCUUUGCGUGCUUGGAAACUGGAGAAGCCGCUGUAUUUGGUCAGUCAAGCUGUUAAAAUGAAGAAAAGCGGGAUGUGGAGCACUGGGGGAAAAACAAAGUGGAGUGGGAGCUCAGAAGUUGGGCUAUGAGUCGCAUCACGUACCUCCUUCAACCUUCGUUUCAGCACCAUCCUGCCGGGCGACAUCAUGGGCUCCAUGGUUCAACGGCCGUUCUUCCUUUGUGCUCGACCGCUCUUUCCGCUUCUUCAGCUUCGCUUUGUGUACCAGAUCAUCAUCGUCUUCGGUCUCCCGCUUCAACUUGGCCCGUUCGCUAACUUCACGACUAAUCUCCUGGUCCUCCAUCACUUCUUUCCUCUUCUGGGACAUCUCUCGCAUACCAGCAUUGCAAGUCUCGCCGCGGGCAUCUGCCAUGUCACUGAGGCUCUUCAGGUAUUCCACCAGGCUCUCGAGGGUUUUCGAAUCGGGAAUAUUUGGGCCGCCAACGAGAUCGAGUACAUCAGUGUAUUGGUCAUUGGCCAGAUCAAUGAGCUUCGUGACAUCGUUCUCAAGGUAGCCUGGAAGGGGCGGCGCUGCAACAGCAGUGGUACCGCCCGCAUUUGAUGGGGUAGUGUUGCGACUACGCGGCGGGCGCGCAUCACGACCUUUGCCCUUGCUCUUGUAAGCGGAAGGCAUUCUGUCUGCUUAGAGUAAAAUAGACAGCAGGGAUAGAUGGGUCAGGAAAAGUGUAGUGGUGGCCUGACAGAGCUGCCGAUAUGUAAGUCGCGAGAUUCUUAGAGUGCAUCCGUGGAGGUCGGAUGACGCAUGCUGCCAGGGACUGCAAAGUCAGAAUCCACUCCAACGGGCAUAAAACUCCUCCCGAUUUGAGUUACUGGAAACUGUAUGAUCCAGACGCGUAGGUUGAGAUGACAAAUGACACAAUCAGUGACAAUCCUGGACGCGCUGUGCUUUGAUCUGGGGGGG